GCGGCCGUGCGGCGCCCCGGCCGGGCUGCAGCGGCGGAGCUGCGGUCAUGGAAGUGGUGGACGAGACCGAGGCGCUGCAGCGCUUCUUCGAAGGCCACGAUAUCAACGGUGCCCUAGAGCCGUCUAACAUCGACACCAGCAUCCUGGAGGAGUACAUCGGCAAGGAGGACGCGUCUGACCUCUGCUUCCCUGACAUCUCUGCUCCUGCCAGCUCGACCUCCUUCCCACACUCGCAGCCUGCGGUCCCCGGCUCCAGUGGGGGCCACCACCUGAGCCCCGCAGCUGGAGGACCCUCCCUGGGGCGCCAUGGCCCCCUCCCGCCCCAGAGCCACAGCGCCCCGCUCAACUGUAACAACAACAAUGGCCUGGGCGCUGCACCCAAGCCCUUCCCAGGGGGCUCUGUGCCGCCCAUCAAGGCCGAGCCCAAGGCGCCCUAUGCCCCAGGCAUGCUGCCCGACUCGCCCCCUGAUUCAGGCUCUGAGGCCUACUCCCCCCAGCAGGUGAACGACCCCCGGCUCCUACGCACCAUCACCCCGGAAAGCCUGUGCCAUGUGGGGUUGCCCCCCCGCCUGGAGCACCCACUACCACCCCACUACCCCGUCCUGCAGCGGGACCUGUACCUGAAGCCCGAGCCGCCUCUCCCACCCUACGCCGCCAUGGGCCAGGGGCUGAUGCCCAGCGAGCUGCACCACUCCCAGCAGCCACAGAUGCUGCACCAGCUGCUGCAGCAUGGAGCCGAACUCCCCACACAUCCCUCCAAGAAGAGAAAGCACUCUGAGUCGCCUCCUGACACCCUCAACGCCCAGAUGCUGAACGGCAUGAUCAAGCAGGAACCUGGAACUGUGUCGGCUCUGCCCCCACACCCCGCCCGAGCCCCGUCCCCACCCUGGCCCCCACAGGGCCCUCUGUCCCCAGGCCCCAGCUCCCUGCCCCUCAGCAUUGCCCGGGCGCAGACCCCACCUUGGCACCCACCCGGGGCGCCUUCCCCAGGUCUCCUGCAGGACAGUGACAGCCUCAGUGGCUCCUACCUGGACCCCAACUACCAGUCCAUCAAGUGGCAGCCCCACCAGCAGAACAAGUGGGCCACUCUGUAUGACGCCAACUACAAGGAGCUGCCUAUGCUCACAUACCGCGUGGAUGCUGACAAGGGCUUCAACUUCUCCGUGGGGGACGAUGCCUUUGUAUGCCAGAAGAAGAACCACUUCCAGGUUACCGUGUACAUCGGAGUGCUGGGGGAGCCCAAGUUCGUGAAGACGCCUGAGGGCCUCAAGCCGCUCGACUGCUUCUACCUGAAGCUGCAUGGAGUGAAGCUGGAGGCCCUGAACCAGUCCAUCAACAUCGAGCAGUCGCAGUCUGACCGGAGCAAGCGGCCCUUCAACCCCGUCACGGUCAAUCUGCCCCCAGAGCAGGUCACGAAGGUGACCGUGGGGCGCCUGCACUUCAGCGAGACCACUGCCAACAACAUGCGCAAGAAGGGCAAGCCCAACCCUGAUCAGAGGUACUUCAUGCUGGUGGUGGCGCUCCAGGCCCACGCCCAGAACCAGAACUACACGCUGGCCGCACAGAUCUCAGAGCGCAUCAUUGUGCGGGCUUCCAACCCAGGCCAGUUUGAGAGCGACAGUGAUGUGCUGUGGCAGAGGGCGCAGCUGCCCGACACAGUCUUCCACCACGGACGCGUGGGCAUCAACACCGACCGGCCAGACGAGGCACUGGUGGUGCACGGCAACGUCAAAGUCAUGGGCUCGCUGCUGCAGCCCUCGGACCUGCGUGCCAAGGAGCUGGUGCAGGAGGUGGACACCACGGAGCAGCUAAAGCGGAUCUCACGCAUGCGGCUGGUGCACUACCGCUACAAGCCCGAGUUCGCCGCCAGUGCGGGCAUCGAGGCCACAGCACCUGAGACUGGUGUCAUUGCCCAGGAGGUGAAGGAGAUCCUGCCUGAGGCUGUGAGGGACACCGGGGACGUGGUCUUUGCCAAUGGGAAGACUGUGGAGAACUUCCUGGUGGUGAACAAGGAGCGCAUCUUCAUGGAGAAUGUGGGUGCCGUGAAAGAGCUCUGCAAGCUCACGGACAACCUGGAGACGCGCAUCGAUGAGCUGGAGCGCUGGAGCCACAGGCUGGCCAAGCUGCGGCGCCUCGACAGCCUCAAGUCCACCGGCAGCUCAGGCGCCCUCAGCCACAGCGGCAGCCAAUUCAGCCGGGCAGGCAGUGUCCCCCACAGAAAGAGGCCCCCGAAGGUGCCCAGCAAGACAUCCUCCGUGAUCCCUGACCAAGCCUGUGUCAGCCAGCGCUUCCUGCAGGGAACCAUCAUUGCCCUGGUGGUAGUCAUGGCCUUCAGCGUGGUGUCCAUGUCAACGCUGUACGUGCUGAGCCUGCGUGCCGAGGAGGACCUGGUGGGCACUGAUGGCUCUCUUGCCACGUCCUCAUCAUGUCUGCUGGCCCUGCUCCGGCCCCAGUACACUGGGGGGAGUGCGGCCCUGUGCGCAUGCAGGUCCAGCCAGAGCUCUGGGACCACACAGCUCCGCCAGGCUCCCAUGACCACUGGGCUGCCAGGCAUGCGGCCCUCUCUGCUGUCAGAGACCCCCAGCCCCACGACCCAGGGGCCAGCCAUCCGUGCCCUGGACCUGUGUCCCAGCCAGCCCUGCCCUGUUGUCUGCUGUGCUACCACCUCCAGCCCUGCCCCAGCCUCUCGUCCCAGCCCCAGCUUGGCCGCCAACCACUCAGGUGCAGCCUCUCAGGCAGGCCCUGGCCAGGUGGCCCCGCUACCCGUCACCAACAUCAGGGCCAAGUCCUGGGGUAUCUCCGCCAACGGCAUCGGCCAUGUCAAGCACCCCAAGGCCGUGGAGCCUGCAGCCAGCCCUGCAGUUCCCUUCCCCGGGGGACUGAGCAAGGCAAAGAACAGCCCCAGUCUCAGGCUCCACGGCCGGGCCCGCCGAGCACUCCCCCCACCUGGCCCCUCUGCGACUCAAGGCCAGCCAGGGCCCUCCCUGACCUCCAUCCAGGUGCUGGAGAGCGCAACGCCCAUCACGGCCCGGCACUGUGCCACGGAGGCGGCCUGCAGGCCUGGGAACUUCACCUACCACAUCCCAGUGAGCAGCCGCACGCCAGUGCACCUCAGCCUGACCCUGGAGAUGAACUCUUCCGUGCCUGCGUCCGUGGUGCUGUGCAGCCUGACGUCAGCAGCGGAGCCGUGUGAGGAGGGGGGCGUCCCACAACUCCCCCAUCCCCCCAGAGAGACUCAGGGCACCGCCCAUGAGUGGCCAGUCACCAUCCUGCCUGCCCGUGAAUUCACCUACCACUUCCGCGUGGCACUGCUGGGUCAGGCCAACUGCAGCUCGGAGGCCAUGCGGGCCACAGACUACUACUUCCACUUCUACCGCCUGUGUCCCUGAGCGGCCGAGGUGGCCAUACUGGGCCUGGGCCUUGGCCCUCCUCACUGGACACAGUAUUACACUGGAGCUGGUGUCACCACUUGGUGGCUGUCACACGCUGCAGGGAUAGGACUGGGAGACUGAAGUCUUUACACUGGAGCUGCCUCCCUACCUGCCAGCUCCCAGGGCAGGGCAGGGCCAACUCAACCACAGUGGCCUCUAAGCCAGAGACCUGCUGGGGCCCCACGGUACUGACCCCCAGGAAUCCACGGGGACAGCUUGGAGGGGUGACCAUUAUGGUGGACCUUGCCCCAAGCCUGAAGUGUGGCCUGAGGCUGCCCAAGCCAGCCCUGGAUGGCUGGUGCCUGUGCCUUACAUCUACCUGGCGCCUGAUGAAACCACCCCAACCCUACAGCCUGAGCCAGGCCCAGGAAGCCUGGGGCAUCCCAGAAAGGGCUCCGUGGGGCUGCUGGCCUCAGCCUUCGGAGCAGG